GCUGGAGGAAAACAGAGAGGCUAACUGACACUUACUCUCAGCCACUGAUCUUUGGCUCAGCAACAGGUGUUUAAAAAAAGUUCAUUUUUAAAAGACAAAACAAUUUACCCUUCCAGCUGCAAGACAAUUAUCUUAUCAUCAGAAAUUAUAAAGGAAGGAUCCUAUUUCCUUUUUUUAUGGAAUUUUUAUUAACAGUUAGUUGACAUCAAAGAUUUCCACAAUGGUGUUUCAAAACAGGCUUCUAAUUCUUUUGGGAGUGUUGUAUAUGCAAUUAUCAUUAAUCAUCACUGAAUCCCAAUCUCGAGAAGGAGAACAUGGGCUCACCUUUAGUCAUGUCUACAAAAUUGACCUGCCAAAGUCUUCUAGUUGCAAUGUGGAGUUAGACUCUCUCCCAGCCAAAGACCAGGGCUCUGAGAUGGUAGCAUCACCUGAGGGUCAGCUGGAAGACAAUAAUUUGGUCUUCAGGCAUAACAUUCGGCUGCAGACCCCCAAAUGUGAUUGUGAAGGUUCAGAUGCAUUCAAAUCCAUGUUGCUUAGGCUAAGUCGUCUAGAAGAAGAAGUAAACUCCCUAAAAGAUCAGUGCUCUCAAGGAUGCUGUGGUGGAGGAAAAGGAGGCACUGCCAGUCUUUGCAGCAACCAUGGAACAUUUAAGAGAGAGACGUGCGAAUGUGAUUGUGACGAAGGCUGGGAAGGAGAAGACUGCUCAACCCGCAGCUGCCCAAAUGACUGCACUGACAAUGGCCGAUGUGAAGAUGGCAAAUGCAUAUGCUACCAGGGCUAUGCUGGUGUCGACUGCAGUGAGUUGUUGUGCCCAGGUGACUGCAGUGAUAAAGGUCACUGUGUGGAUGGAGUUUGUCAGUGUUUUGAAGGUUUCAUGGGAGAUGACUGCAGCCAGCGCAGGUGUCCCAAUGACUGCAGCAAUAAUGGGAAAUGCAACAAUGGUGUCUGCAUUUGUGAUGAAGGAUUUACCGGUCAUGACUGCUCCAAAGUCCUUGGUCCCAAGAGCCUGCGUCUAGUUAGAGCAACUGAAGAAUCGUUACUAGUGGAUUGGGAACACGUGCCGGGUGCAGAAUACUACAUCAUCAAAUAUCACCCUGCAGGAGCAGAAGGAUCUAUCCAGCAAAUCAGAGUUCCCAGAUCCCAGAACUCUUACCUGAUCACUGGCUUGAUGCCAGGUGUCAAGUACAUCAUUCAGCUAUAUGCUGUGAUAAAGGAAACGUCAAGUCAGCCAAGCAGCCUGGAGGCAAGCACAGUGAUCUAUUUAAUUGACCAGAUCAAAGUGAUCUCACAAACAGAGGAUUCGAUUCAUGUUGAAUGGAAGAACCCCCCAACCGAAGUCGACUAUUUCAAGUUGACCGUUGUCAUGCCUGAUGGUCAGGAGAAAGAAAUUAGGGUAGCAAGAGGAGAAGGAGCUAAAACAAGUUAUAUAAUAAAAAAUCUCCUUCCCGGCACUAUGUACCUGAUUAGAGUGCAGUCAGUCCAUGGAGAUGCAGAGGGAAAGCCAUCGUCUGUCAAUGGGAUGACUGAGCUUGAUAGUCCGACUAACCUGGUAACACAGAGUGUGACUGAAGACACAGCUACGCUGUCAUGGAACAAAGUAUUGGCUCCUAUUGAUAGCUACAGAAUCAGCUACUCCUCUGCAGAUGGCCAGAGUCAGGAGAUCUCAGUAGGUGCUGAUAAGAAUACUCACAAGCUGACUGGGUUAAGACCUGGAGUCGAGUAUACCAUCUACAUCUGGGCAAUAAAAGGAAACCGGAAAAGUAAGAAGGCUUCAACUAAAGCAGUCACAGACCUUGAUGGGCCCACCAAUUUACUAACAAUGAGUGUCACAGAAGACACAGCCACACUUUCCUGGAACAAAGCACUUGGCCCAGUUGAUGGCUACAGGAUCAGCUACUCUUCAGCAGAUGGCCACAGUCAGGAGAUUUUAGUAGGAGCUGAAAAGAACUCUCAUAAACUGACUGGACUAAGACCAGGAGUGGAGUAUGUAGUUAACAUGUGGGCUGUGAAUGGAAACCAGAACAGUAAGAAGAUCUCAACAAAAGCUACCACAGACCUCGACAGCCCAACCAAUUUACUAAUAAAGAGUGUCACUGAGGACGCAGCUUUACUGUCCUGGAACAAAGUAUUGGCUCCAGUUGAUGGCUACAAGAUCAGCUACUCCUCGGCAGAUGGUCAGAGCCAGGAGAUAUCAGUGGGUGCUGAGAAGAACUCUCAUAAACUGACAGGACUGAGACCUGGAGUGGAGUAUACGGUGUAUGUGUGGGCUGUGAAGGGAAACCAGAACAGUAAGAAGAGUUCAACAAAAACUACUACAGACUUCGACAGCCCCUCCAAUUUACUAACAAAAAGUGUAACAGAAGAUACCGCCACACUUUCCUGGAACAAAGCACUUGCCCCAGUUGAUGGCUACAGGAUCAGCUUUUCUUCCGAAGAUGGGCAAAGCCAGGAGAUUUCAGUAGGAGCUGAAGAGAACUCUCAUACUCUGACUGGACUGAGACCUGGGCUGGAAUAUACGGUCUAUGUUUGGGCUGUGAAGGGAAAUCGUAAUAGUAAGAAGAUCUCAACCAAAGCUACUACAGACCUCGACAGCCCCACAAACUUACUAACAAAAAGUGUCACAGAAGACACAGCCACACUUUCCUGGAAUAAAGUACUGGCCCCAGUUGAUGGCUACAGGAUCAGCUACUCCUCAGCUGAUGGGAAAAGCCAGGAGAUAUCAGUGGACAAUGAGAAGGACUCUCAUAAACUGACAGGACUGAAACCUGGGGUGGAAUACACAGUCUACAUCUGGGCUGUGAAGGGAAACCAGAACAGUAAGAAGAGUUCAACAAAGGCUACUACAGACUUCGACAGCCCCUCCAAUUUACUAACAAAAAGUGUCACUGAGGACACAGCCACACUUUCCUGGAACAAAGCACUUGCCCCAGUUGAUGGCUACAGGAUCAGCUUUUCUUCCGAAGAUGGGCAAAGCCAGGAGAUUUCAGUAGGAGCUGAAGAGAACUCUCAUACUCUGACUGGACUGAGACCUGGGCUGGAAUAUACGGUCUAUGUUUGGGCUGUGAAGGGAAAUCGUAAUAGUAAGAAGAUCUCAACCAAAGCUACUACAGACCUCGACAGCCCCACAAACUUACUAACAAAAAGUGUCACAGAAGACACAGCCAUACUUUCCUGGAAUAAAGUACUGGCCCCAGUUGAUGGCUACAGGAUCAGCUACUCCUCAGCUGAUGGGAAAAGCCAGGAGAUAUCAGUGGACACUGAGAAGGACUCUCAUAAACUGACAGGACUGAAACCUGGGGUGGAAUACACAGUCUACAUCUGGGCUGUGAAGGGAAACCAGAACAGUAAGAAGAGUUCAACAAAGGCUACUACAGACCUCGACAGCCCCACCAAUUUACUUACAAAGAGUGUCACUGAGGACACAGCCACACUUUCCUGGAAUAAAGUACUGGCCCCGGUUGAUGGCUACAGAAUCAGCUACUCCUCAGCAGAUGGGCAGAGUCAGGAGAUAACAGUUGGUGCUGAGAAGAACUCUCAUAAAUUGACUGGACUGAGACCCGGAGUGGAGUAUAGAGUCUAUGUUUGGGCUGUGAAGGGAAACCAGAACAGUAAGAAGGCCUCAACACAAGCUACUACAGACCUCGACAGCCCCACCAAUUUACUAACUAAGAGUGUCACUGAGGACACAGCCACACUUUCCUGGAAUAAAGUACGGGCCCCGGUUGAUGGCUAUAGGAUCAGCUACUCCUCUCCAGAUGGGCAGAGUCAGGAAAUAUCAGUGGGAAAUGAGAAGAAUUCUUAUAAACUGACAGGACUGAGACCCGGGGUGGAGUAUACAGUCUAUCUGUGGGCCGUGAAGGGAAGACAGAGCAGUAAGAAGACCUCGACAAAAUCUACUACAGAUCUAGACAGUCCUACCAAUUUACAUACAAAAAGUGUCACUGAGGACACAGCCACGCUUUCCUGGAACAAAGUUUUGGCUCCAGUUGAUGGCUACCGGAUUAGCUACUCCUCAACAGAUGGUCAGAGCCAGGAGAUAUCAAUGGGACCUGAGAAGAACUUUCAUAAACUAACUGGACUGAGACCUGGAGUGGAGUAUACAGUCUACCUGUGGGCUGUGAAGGGAAGCCAGAGCAGCAAGAAGGCCUCAACAAAGUCUACUACAGAGCUAGACAGUCCUACCAAUUUACAUACAAAGAGUGUCACUGAGGACACAGCCACGCUUUCCUGGAACAAAGUUUUGGCCCCAGUUGAUGGCUACAGGAUCAGCUACUCCUCAGCAGAUGGGCAAAGCCAGGAGAUCUCAGUGGGACCUGAAAGAGAUUCUCACAAGCUGACUGGACUUAGGCCUGGAGUGGAAUACACGCUUAAAAUCUGGGCUGUGAAAGGAAGAAAGACCAGUAAGAAGGCCUCAGCUAAAGCCAUGACAGAUAUUGACAGCCCAACUAAUUUGGUGGCAACAAGUGUGACUGAGGACACAGUUACGCUGUCCUGGAACAAAGUACUGGCUCCAGUGGAUGGAUACAGAAUCAGCUACAACUCGGCAGAUGGGCAAAGUCAGGAGAUCUCAGUGGGAGCAGAAAAGAACUCUCACAAACUGACUGGGCUCAGACCUGGAGUGGAGUAUACUAUCUACAUCUGGGCGGUGAAAGGAAAUCGAAAAAGCAAGAAGACAUCCACCAAAGCUACAACAAAUAUUGAUGCACCAACAAAUCUGAAAGUGACUGAUGUGAAGCAAAGCAGCGGAAUUGUCACUUGGACUCCCCCUAGUGCUUCUAUUGAUGGUUACAUCCUGACUUAUAGAAGAGCUGAUGGAAAUGGACAGGAGACUGAGAAACAACUGGGCCCUUCAAACAUGAAGUAUACCCUUGAAGGUCUGGAGUUGGGGGUCCGUUAUAUUGUUCGUUUAGUAGCAUUCAAAGGUGUGCAGCGCAGCCGAGUGGCCGAGACCACAUUCUUAACAGUUGGUAUUCCUUUCCCGUUCCCUAUGGACUGCACCCAGAUAAUGAAGAAUGGAAAUAGAACCAGUGGAAUCUACACAAUUUAUGUGAACAAUGACCGCUCCAAACCACUGGUUGUCUACUGUGACAUGACAACAGAUGGUGGUGGAUGGAUUGUUUUCCAGAGACGCAGUAGCGGAAAAGUUGAUUUCUUAAGACGAUGGAAAAAUUACACUCAAGGCUUUGGAGACAUGAAUGAUGAAUUCUGGCUUGGUCUGGAGAAGAUUUAUGAACUAACAAACACCCCAACACAGUAUGAGCUGCGUGUUGAUCUAAGGGCAGGUUCGGAGUCGGUGUAUGCUGUAUAUGACAGCUUUAAACUUGCACCCUCAAGACAGAAAUACAAAAUCUCUGUUGGCAACUACAGAGGCAAUGCAGGUGAUGCCAUGACCUACCACCAAGGAAGAGGCUUUACAACAAUUGACCAAGAUAAUGACAUUGCCUUGAGUAACUGUGCCUUUUCACACCGUGGAGCUUGGUGGUACAAGAACUGCCACUUGGCAAAUCUUAAUGGAAAAUAUGGAGAUAGCACCCAUAGUCAGGGAGUAAACUGGGAGCCUUGGAAAGGCCAUGAGUUCUCAAUUCCAUUUGUCGAGAUGAAAAUUCGAGCACACGUAUCAAGUGAUCCUACAGUUAUUGGGAGGAAGAAGAGAUCUUUGGCCAUGAGAGGAAAACGACUCAAUUAAAAAGGGAAAAAAGAGGAAGAAAAUGACAGCACAAUGAAUUUGUUUAUUGUACGUAUCAGGGCAUUGUCACUAAAACAGAAUGUUGAUUAAACGAGAGAGGUAAGGCAUGUGUACUGAAUGGGUGCAGAAUAAAAACUGACUUUAACUUCUCUCAAUCCUUGUUGUUUAUAAUUUUGUAACAUUGUAUGGAUGACCACACCCAUCUUGAGUAUCAAUAUCUGUUUUAUCCCAUAAUUAAGUUUAUGUGCAGCAAUUUGCUUGGUUUGGCUACAGUAUGUGGUACUUCAUGAUCACUUCACCUUUCGGACAUUUGUGACUUUCCAUUUAUUUCAGAUAAAAACUGAAAUCAUCUGUUUAAACCAUGGCUUAAGACUUAAAAGGUUAUACAUAACAUUUCAUAUAUAUAUAUAUAUAUAUAUAUUUAGAGCUCUUUAUGUACCAAAGAAAUACCUCUGCUCUGUAAUUUUGAUCUUACCAUAAUAUUUAAGGAGUGUCUGGUCGAGUCAUUUCAUGGAUGCUGUAUGUAUAAUCUCUCAUAUUUCACUUCUUAAAACUGUAACUAAAUUUAUGUAUAAACUCAGUUUAAAAACAACUAUUGGAAUUGUGCUUCUGAAUCUGUAUUAACCUCUGGCAUUUGAGAUCAGUAAUGUUAAAUCUUGGUGAAUUAUUAUUGCUACAGUACCAUUUGUUCCUAUUUUGAAAGUACAGUGUUAAAAUGAAAUAAGCUAUACCUGAGACAAGAAUAUAAUAUAAAGAUGUUUCUCACUGUGCAGUCAAAUGGUUUACUUCAGCAUUGACAAACUGAGCUCACUGCAGUCACCAGAAACAUAUUACCUAAUGGGUUAUUUGCUGUGUAUUUUUACUUUUACCAAAUAAAGUAUGUGUUCUGGCAAUGUAAUCCUACAGCCCACUGCACUUUAAACACUAACAUUUCAUAAUUUGCCACUUAGAGGUUGAAUCAGUCAAGUCAAUCUGUCACACAAGCAGUAUUUCUUCAUUACUUUAUCAAGUCAGCAGCAAGUUUAAAGCUAAUAGGGCAAGAGGCAAAAACUCAGGGUUCUUCAUACUAUUCUGGUUGCCAUCCAUUGUUAAAUAUAUAAUUCACAGUCAAUCUGCAAGAGAAUCAUCUGAUGUGAUGUCUAACAGUUUGUAAUUUGCAUAUUAAAACAGCUCAAAUGUGAAUGUUGAGAACAGCAGUAGAAUUAGGCAACAGUUGAAGCAUGUGCUAAGCUGCAAUGAGUCACUUAUUUCUCAAUGUGCACUCUUCCCUGGAAGGCUUAAGGCCUUUAUCUGCCCUGAGUUCAAUUUCUAUCUGGCUUGUCCUUCACAUUCAGGCAAAGCGCACAAUCAGUUUCCACUGUAGUAAUUUAUUCAGUUUUCUAUAUAUACAUUUAACAGUGCAUCGUGUUCUUGCCUGUUGCUUCGUCAUCCUACAUAACAACACACAAAUGAUGGCUGUGAAUUGUUAAUUUCUGGGGUCAACACCUCACACAUCCAUAGAUUGAGAAGCAUUUUGAGUUCCGAGUUUAAGUUUAAAAACGACAACCAUUUUACAAUAUACUUUUCUCUAGGUUUGUUCAUUUUUUUAUGCAAAUAGUUGUAUAAGACCAUAAUUCGAAGCUACUUAAAAUAUCAUAAUAAGGAAUUUCCCAAAUUCAUUAAUCAAAAAAUAAGAUUAGUGUGUGUAAGUGCAAUUUCAAUUCUGCAAUUUUUUGCAACCAUUCGGUGGUGGGUACAGAGACUAAAUUGGCUGCAUUCAUUACAAUUAAAAAAGCAACAGUGUUAUUGUUUACCAAAAGGAGUAAAUUUAUAUGUUUUAAUAAUCAAUGAUGUAACUUUUAUUAUUGCAUUCCAAAUAUUUUUUACAUUUUAUACACCAGUAAAUGUAUGUUCUUUGUUCAUUGUAAUAGUUACAUGUGCAUGGUCUGAUUGGUUCAAAAAAAUAAACAUACUUCUCAACA